AUGCGCUUUUCAGGCCAAACCACCGUCUGGCCCAUAGGACCAGCAGCAUCUCCGAGCUGGCGAGCAGCCGGCCGAGCCGCUGUGAAGUGCAUGCAGAGCUUGCAUGCCGAGCGCCUGGAACAUGCACCCCCUGGCAGAGUGAACACGGCUUCCCCGGUCUCACCACGGGGGAUGCCUGUGGUGGGUGCCAAGAGCUCUUUGGGUAAAGGAGACAUUCAUUAUGGGCGGGUGCAUCUGAACUGUUUACUGUUUAUUCGUCGACUGGCAGAAGAGGCCAGGACAGAUGCUUGUAAGAAUAAGUGUGGAAUUAUUAAAGACCAGCAUGUACUGGCUGCAGCAAAGGUAAUGCUAAAGAAGAGCAGAGGUUAGAAGUCAAAGAACACAUUUUUGAAAUUUAUAUGAUGAAUUUUUUUAUUUUAGUUGGUAACAGAUCGUGAAAGCACUUUUUACAUAUUAGUUAAUAUUGUGUAUUAAAAUAUUGGCUGCUUGAGGGAUAUGUGCAUUUGUGUAUUCAUUUACUAGCAUUGAAACAUCUCAAACAAUAUCUAACUUUAUUUUUUAGUAAUUAUGUUUCAUUCACUUUAAAUGGACUCAAGUUCAUUUUACUUUUGCUUGAUUGGUAUUGCAAAUGUUUUGCAUAUUAAAAAUGAAAUCUUACUA